AUGGAGGAGAAAGCUGACAGUGAAUGCCUGCAGGACUGGUUCGAGAUCACAAUUCCUAAUGGGAUCAAAUAUGACAAGAUCUGGCUGAUGGAUUCACUCCAGACCUAUUGCAGAGUCACCUUCACGCCAGUGGAGUUCCACUACAUAAAAUAUGAGGCAAGAUUCUACAUCCAGGAUGCCAAUGUUGCUGCUGCAUUGAAAGACAAUAACUGCAAGAUUUGUGAUGAAGAGAACAAAAAGAUAUCUAUCUUUGUCACUCCCUCACCUCAACCCCAGAGUUUUCAGACUAGGUUGAAGCCAGAAGAAAUAGAGCAACUAAAGCUGACCAUGUACAAACGAUAUGAUUCCUCCCAGCAAUGCCUUGACCUGCAGAGUCUCUGCUUUGACCCAGAUUUGGAGAACUAUGAUGUUGAUAUAAUCCUGAAUGAAAGUAACUGCAUGGCCACCAUCGUGCAGAUCAUAGAGCAGAACUUCCCUGAGUUGCUCUCUCUGAAUUUGCAAGACAAUGAACUAUACCAGCUAGAUGGCCUGAGUGACAUUAUGCAGCUGGUCCCCACAGUCAAGAUCCUGAACCUCUCCAGAAAUGAGCUGGGUUCAGUGGAAGAGGUGAGAAAGAUGAAAGGGCUGAAACUUCAGGAGCUGUGGCUGUAUGGGAACCCCUUGUGUGACGCCUUUCCAGACCAGUCCGCCUAUAUGAGUGCCAUCCGGGCUUGCUUCCCCACGCUGCUACGCCUGGAUGGCCAGAAAUUGCCACCUGUAACUGACAGUGAUGUUCCGGAGAUAAUAAAACCUUGUAAGGAAAGUUAUCAAGGAUCUGAGACCCUGAAGAAUCUAGUCCUGCAAUUUCUGCUCCAGUAUUACUUGAUUUAUGACUACGGGGACCGACAGGACCUCCUGAGUGUUUAUCACGAGGAGGCCUGCUUCUCCCUGACGGUUCCCUUCAGCUCUGAAGACCCAGCUCUAAGCAGCUUGGGAGAGUAUUUAAAUUAUAGCAGGAAUAUGAAGACACUUGAGGAUCCUGACCUGCGGGUUCAGCUGCUAAAGAAUACAAAAUAUGACAUUGUUGAAUCGCUCUGCAUGUUGCCCAGAACUCAGCAUGACCUGAACACCUACGUGGUAGAAAUGUGUGUGCAGACGGAAACCAUGGUCUACUUUUCUGUCAAUGGGGUUUUCAAGGAAGUGGAAGGCAAGUCUCAUGGUUCUGUUCGUACCUUCACCCGAACCUUCAUCUUGACCCCUGGCACAAAUUCUGGUUUGUACAUUGUGAAUGACGAAAUGACUUUGAGGACCAUCGGGACCCAAGAAACCCAGAACACUGACGUCAUGCCAGGGCCCAACUGUUGCCCUGUUCUCUCCGUGGGACAGCAAGAAAUGGUUCAGGCUUUCUCCAGCCAGUCUGGGAUGAACUUCCAUUGGUCUCAGAAGUGCCUCCAGGACAACGGGUGGAACUACAGUGGAGCUUCUCACAUCUUCAGCCUGCUCAAGAAUGAGGGCAAGAUUCCAGAGGAGGCCUUCCAACAAACCCCCUAA